UAUAACUUGAUAGUCCUAUUGAACUGACAAAUGAAAUCGUUUGUUGCUCUUAUCCUGCUCUUUUCACUUGUCCUGUACACAAGCAACAGUGAUGCAAGAAAAGACCCCGGAGAAUAUUGGAGAGAUGUGAUGAAAAAUGAGCCAAUGCCUGAAGCAAUCAAACAUCUUAUGCCUCGGCAUUCAGUUCCUCUCUCCAAAGAGAAAACGGAUUGUUACACAUCAUCUUCUGUUGGAGGUGAAGCCUUUGAACCAAGGCCUAAUGUAUCUGUAUACCACGAUGACGCCAAGCUGAAAGAAGCUGAGAAAUCAUUAUUCUCGAAAGAGUUCGAGCCAAGGCCUAAUGUAUCUAGUUAUCAUCAUGAUGAUGCCGGUCUCAAACAAGAAAAGUCUUUUGCCGAAGAGUUUGAGCCUAGGCCAAAUGUUUCGGUGUAUCAUGAUGAUAAGUGAUUUACAUUUUGUAUGUCUCUCGGUGUUAAGUGAUUUAUGAAAUAAAGAUUUGUAAUCAUACUUGAUGGUUGUAUUGAAGUAUUUCUUAAAUUUA